GCGUGGAUGAUAUCGAUCCGAGUACAGGCAUACACGACGAAUGAAACAGACAAUACAUAACGUUGAGGUAGGUGCAUGGGAUUCUCAUGAUCCACCACACCCACCCACACACCCGUCCGCCGCUCCACACAUCCAUCCAUCCGUAAAGAAAGAAAGAAAGAAAGAAAGAUGGAUGGAUGCAUGUGUGUGUGUGCGCACAUGUCUGUCUCUAUCGUGUGUCUGUCGACCAGGGUGCGCUGUCUCAGUCGGACACGGCCGUGUUGACCGAGCAGUCGCAGAAGCUCAAUGCCACACUGGCCAACACCGAGAGGCGCAUCAAGGCCGACCCAGGACACCUCGAAGAUGACGAAAUCAUCACAUACGCCUCGGUACCCACGCCAGCCCACACCUACCUGUGUCUCAUCUCGUCUCGUGCGGUUUGGGCAUCCACGUAUCUCAUCUUUCUCGUGUGUUGGUGCCUGUGUGUCUCGGCAGGCUGCGUUGAGCUUCAAUGCGAUUUCCAAGGCCAUCGGCAGCGGCGGAUUCAACAAGAGGCCUGUCGAUGAAUCGGCCGUCGUCCGUGCGAGCCAGGAAGGCCACGACGACAUCGUGGUCAUGGUGUGGCCGCAGGAAGCAGUCAAGCUAAGGUAAUCAAGUGGGCAGAAUCACACACACACAUGCAAGAGAGAGAGGGUCCAUGUGCUGUGUGUGUGUGUGUCUCUGCCAUGACUGGCUGCAGUAGUCUGGUCCGAGCCGCUCGUGCUGGCCAGGUGUAUGAGCUCUCGUACCAUUCUGAGAUCACGCACCGGACCCACCGCAUCUUCCUGACAGACAAGGAUGUGAACAACACGAGAGGAGUAGCCAACGACCAACAGGUGCGUACGUGAGUAUAUGCGUGAAAUCGUGUCUCCAUCAUCUCGUUGUGUGAUUCAGGGUCCGCUUCGCCGUGUUGGCCAGCAGGCGGAGAAGCUCGGCGCUUCACUGGCGCAGACCGAACUCGCCAUCCACAAAGAUGAGAACCAUCUCACAAACAACGAUACCAAGAAAAGCGAGUACGCCAAGGUGAGAGCGGAUUCGAAUCGGGAAGACACCCAUGCGCUAACACACGCAUAUCUGGGUUAGUUUGCAGGCGGCGUUCGAAUUGCAUUCGUUGUUUGUCGCUCUCGGCAUUGACAAGGACUUCAAGCUGACGAGAGUGACCGGCAGCACCGUCAUGGCGGCGGUGCGAGGCGACACACAACACAACGAUAUUGUGGUCUUCACCUGGCCGCAGGCCGCCAUUGCAUGACCCAGACAGACGGCCCACUUCCGUGUCGGUGUCGGUUAGUGAUAGAAUUGAUGCUGGCUUCCGGCCAUGUGGAUGUAUAUAGGCGUAAGACCUAAUCACAUACGUGAGACAGACAUGUUGG